AAAUAUCAAACAAGAAAUGCACGGUAAAUAACCCCCAGUACGUACUUCAAAAGCAUCGAAAGAAUUUUGUUUUUUUCAUAGCAGAGCAAUUCUGAUUGUAAGAAAUAUGCCGACUGAAGCUAUUUGUCCUUUUGUGACAUAACCCGUAAAAGUGUUUGAAAAUAUAAAUUAUAUUAUUUAUGGAGAAUAUCUGUUUAUAGCGAGGGACAGGGACUAAUUUCAUAGGCCUGGUCAAACUACAAUGAGCUGAAUUGACAAAAUUGCAAGGGGCUCCAAGUUUUUAUUAUUCACAACCUUGCCACAUUUUGCAAACCUUCGGAGUACAUUCUUUUUUUUAUAUAUAAAAACUUGAAAUAGAAAAAACGUUCUGGUUGCCCUCUUGUGUAUGUCAAGAGAAAAAGUUUGCUGUCUUCUGGUGUGUUAAUAUAUGCUAAAAUGCAAUCCUCAAAAGCAUGCUCAUCUACAUCAUCCUCCAAAUCCAAAAGGAAUUCAAAAGAUCAAGAAAAAAGAAAAUCUCAGUCUCAAAGCGCAGCAAACCCUACAGAAAGCAACAAAAGUUCUCCAUCAAAAGAAUCCAAAGGAUAUGUUGGUAUUACUGCAGAUUCCAUUCGUCAUUUUGAUGGAGAAUCCUGUAAGGUUUCUGAUGUUGCAUUUGAUGCUUUAGCGGAGGAUAUAAACUACAAACUUCGUUACAUAAUUCAUAAUUCACUAAUUCAGGCACGAUUACUUGGGAGAAAUUCUAUAACGUCGGAUGAUGUUGAUGAAGUGUUUGAUAACUUAAACAUUGAAAAAAUAUAUGGCGCCACUGCAAAUCCAAAUUGGAUACAGUUUGAAGAUCAGAAUUUGCACCACUUGGCUUUAGAUGAAAUUAAAGUGAAUUUAAUAGAACUAGCUGAAGAAGAUAAUGUUUACGGCCAAGAAGCAGAUAUUAUUUUAGAAGCCACAUGGUACUCUGACGUAAAUAUGAAUAUCAAUGACAGACAAAAUUGUUUUAGAGAAUAUUUUACUACAUUGUGUCAAGCAUUUGUGAGUGAUGACUAUGAGCUUAAGAGAGCAGCAUUGCAAGAUAUAAGCGAAAAUUCAUCUAUUGGACCAAUAACAAAUUGGUUUUAUCACUUUGUUUACCUCCUUAUGACAAGGUAUAAUGCAUAUGAUGACCUUACCCUAAAGGCAUUGGAGUUACUGGAGGUUUUAGAAAAUAGCCCUCUGCCAAGUGUAAAUGUUCCAGUGAAGCAAUUAAAACUUUUGGUACAUGUUAUGCUACAAAGACUCUUCAUUCUAAAAACAACAAGAGGCAUCAUAAAACCAAUAUGCUCAGUUCUGGCAUUAUUGUGUAUGAGAGAACCUUUAAAAGAAAUGGUUCUGAUCAGAGUGAACCAAGAAUUGAUUUUAAAAUGCGAACAAAAUGUUCUACCUCUCUUGAAUGUUAUAUAUUUUCUUGGAAUUGAUGCGGUCAAAAGAAUUUUCCUCCCAAAUGCAACAUAUUUUUUAACUGUACUUAUGCAGCAAGAAGAUUGGGAUCUUCGGGAUAUUAUUUUGUCGAUUUAUGGACUGAUUUGCAAAUCAAGAAUUUAUGACGAAUAUUUAUUAUCCUCAUUUAAUAGUGCACUGGGGAUUGUUUUGGUGCCAUAUUGGCUACCUAUGAAGAUAAAACAAGUGGAAGAUCAAAAGAUGCAAAUAGAUUUCGUCAAUAUGAAGACACAAUUGUUAAAAAAACGUAGGAAAAUCAAUUGCCCAUUCAGAAAAGUUCAGCACCAACCACUUGAAGAAGUUUUUGAGAUUCCUUUUGACAACUGCCCAAUAAAAAGGAAAUUGGAGCUGCAUAAAAGGCCAAUGUUAAAUCUUAAAAGGGAAACUCAUAUCAUUGUGGGGAAAACAACUUUACUCUUGUCAAUAUUGAAGCCCCCUAAAUUUUAUAGUAAAUGUUACGACCAUUCCUUGUUAACUCACCAUAUAUAAAUAUCCAUACGUGUAAAGCUAGAGUGUAGCCAAGACAUGCUAGAAAUUAUUGAAAUCACAAAAAAUGACACGUGGCUGUCAUAUUUGUCAAAGAUUUUUCAGUUGCAAAUUACGAGAAGCAGCAAAUAUGUUUACACUUCUCUAAAAUCUCGGAGUACGUUACUUGAGAUAUACCUAUAUAUUAUUUUGCUGUAUAACUUUUUAUUUUUAAAGAUAAAAAAAUAUUUUGAAUGAAAAUAAUUUAAAAAUUAUUAUUCUUACAAUAAAGAAUGUGACUAGGCUUACAUACUUUUCAUAUGCCAUCGAUUGGGUAGUCUUAUGCGCCUUACAAAAAUUCGACAGUGCCAUUUAAAGAAAAAAAAGUUUGGUUUUAAAGAAAUGUUUUUCUGAGAUUUUUUUGAAAGUACCUUUUUGUAUAUAAAUUUUUACCUUUUAAGACAAAAAGUUAUGGCAUAUAAUCUUCAUUGUAGAAUAUAUAGCUAAUGGCUAGUAAAUUCAAAUCACAAGUACAUCUAGGUCUCACUAAUGGAUUCAUGCGAAACACAUACAUCUGCCAGGAAAAGCCGCUCAUCUUCGACAAUAUGAUAAAGGCUUAUGUUUGCUGUAAUCGAAAUAUCUGCUACUUAAGCUAGAUGUCUACUUGGUUGUGUGAUUUGACAUUGCAUUAGACUUAUAAAUUAGCUUGAAUUUUUGUCUGGUGAAAACUUGGCAAUCAAGGUUCGUGUUUUAUUUAGAAAUCUUAAUUAAAUCCGGUCAUUCAAGUCUAUUACCUAUGGUGAAUAGAAAAAAAUAACAAUAAAACAACGGAAUACAUUAAACAUUUAUUCCUUGAAGCUUGAACCUAUGAUUGUUAAUUCAUUCAAAAUAUCUGAAAUUGGCACUAUUGAAGAUAAUGUGAAAAAAUACAAUAAUUCUUACCAGUUAUUUGUAAAUCAAAUGAGGCUUCCUUCUUAACCAAUACAUUGAUAAAACUCAUUUUUCUCAAACUUUUACACUUGGAGUUAAAUAAAUCUAAAAAGAGCAUUUUUAGGUACAAUGAAAUGACAUAUAAUUAAGUGACUUAA